CUUUAUAAAAUAAUUGCCUGCACGUUUGGUUGGAUUUGGGCUAGACUACUUUGAAGCAUGAUUUUAUUGCCCCUUGAUUCAUUCUACAGCUAAAACACGAAGACUGGAAGGAAGCCAAACUAAAAGUAAGCAAAGUCUCCUAUCAACUACAAGAAACUGCAUUUUUGUGUCUGGUGAUAAGUAUUUGUAUCGCUGUAAGUGUGAAUGGAAUGAUCAUCUCUCCUUCCCAUCAGGAAGACACGCGUGGCUUUGAGCGGUCGUGGCUUGGGUUUCUGAAGUAUAAGGUAUAAGGUCAACUAUAACAUAUAGACCACCUUGUUUGGACUGGAGUCUGCAGCCCAGAAUGACAUUUUCCUUCUCAUGUCUGUCUGUCGCCCCCUGUAGUUACCCAACAGCAUGUACAAGAAGGUGCUGGUGAUCCUCUGUGACUCCAUCCUGCCCCACAUAGCAAUCCCACACUGAUGAUCAACUUCCUGGCUGCAGCCUAUGAUGUUGGCGAGUUGGGUGUCCAUCGUCUGUUUUCAUAGACUGUUCUAUAGAAGACAUGCUAUAGAUGCUAUGCUGUACUGAGAGCAGACGUCUCUUUCAUGCUUACUCCAUUAACUAUCGAUGACUGGCAUUUCAUCCUCACAUUUGCUGUAAAUUUGUUUAACAGUCAACAACACCUUUUGUCCAUUGUGUCUCAUCUUUCUCUCAAAGUCACCUGCCAGUCUACUUGGUAGCAGCGUUUGACAAGGGUCUGCCCCACCUGGCCCUCAAGGCCCUGCCUGCUGCCUUGCUCAUGGUACUGCCCUUCAUCUACAACCUGAUCCGCCUCCAUCCUGCCUGCCGAGUCCUCAUUCACCGCCCCAGUGCAGCAGAUGAAGCCUGUGAUGACCCCUACCUGAUGGAGGAGGAGGACCCCCACCCAGUGCCAUGCCCUGGAAAGCAGCCUGUGAGCUACAGACUCUUCAGAAGCAUUGCCAGCCUGAUGUGGCCAAGGCUGCCAUGGCGAUCAACAAGCCCCUGUCACAGCAGGAGGAUGACAUCAGCGAGGUCCUGGAGUUAUCAACCUAUGAGCAGAUGGAGCAGGACCUGAAACAGAGCAAGACUGUGCCGCUGGAUUUUGACCCUGCCAUCAAGCUACUGCAGGGCACUGGAGGAGUGGGGGUACUGGGCCUGCACUUCUCUCUAGAGUAGAGACAACCAGCACCAGGACAUUCAUACACCCAGCUCUUUGGACCUCUCUCCAAUAUCCCCUUUAUAUUUCAGCUCCACAUGUUUCUCUUGUUUUCUGUUUGGGAUUCAUUGUACUUCAAUCAUGUGUGUUUCCCGAGUGGCGCAGUGGUGGUCUAAGGCACUGCAUCUCAGUGCUAGAGGCAUCACUACAGACCCUGGUUCGAUCCCAGGCUGUAUCACAACCGGCCGUGAUCGGGAGUCCCAUAGGGUGGCGCACAAUUGGCCCAGCGUCGUCCAGGUUUGGCCGGGGUAGGCCGUCAUUGUAAAUAAGAAUUUGUUCUUAACUGACUUGCCUAGUUAA